AGUCUUUCAACCUCAACAGAUGUCCACCUUAACGUAACGAGAUUACUAUCAGCACUCUCAGCAUUCUCUUUACACACAGUACAUGAAUUGAAAAAAACUAUGUCUCGAUGGACGUGCGGAAUUUUUGGCUUAUUCUCACUUGCAAUAAGACAUCAACUAUACCAACCGACUCAAAUAGAAAUAUUCAGUCGGCACGAAAACGAGAGAGAUACCUGGAACUGGGCCGUGCUCACAUGCGACCCGGCUAUAGAUCAUAACAUUAUAUCUCAUCAACUUGUAGUGGAAGUGCUGCAAGUGCUAGUGCAGCCGAUAGACGAAAAGAUGGAGCCUUGUAUACAUACGUAUGGACGCGGCGAAAAGAUCAUAGGAUACGUGGAUCUUACAUGGUGUUUUGAGAAAAACAAUAGACGGAUGCAAACCACGCGGUUCUGGGUCACUUCGACGGAAAACCCUUCUUACGAUGCAAUACUCGGGCGGACGGAUGCAGAGCAAUGCGGCCUAAUAAGACAUAAAAGGAGAUGGUUGUGAUCUGUGAGAUAUUCCGAGAAGGGGACUUCAGGUGAGAGAACAGAAAAUCUCCUGGCUCUCAGACGGCUUUGCAUGUCAUGGAAAGUCGCACACAUGCUUGAGCUAAGCUCUCAGUAUGCUUAUUUCUGUCGCGUGGCGCUUUGGAAUUCUCAGAAUAAUUUUUUGGUACUUUAGCUAUUUUUUGUUUUUUUUUCUCUAUAGCACUCGGGUUGGAAGUCUCAAUCCUAUGCGUUUGGGGUUGGUAUUUGCUUGCCUAGAAAUACUUUGCCACCGACUGGUUCUAUCUGCACCUCGAUGGAAUUGCUACAAUACAACAGAAACGGGGUAUUUCCUGGAAUCUCCAUACUAGACAUACAUUUGGAAUCAAUGUCACA